UGACAACCAGAUGAGCCCCGUAUACUCUUGAUAUUGCUGAAUUCUUUGUGUCUUCAGAAUAAUUGCAACUCCCCGAGUCUAGUAUGUGCUGAUUUCAUCCCAGGAACAUGGAGGCUGAUACAAGAGAUACCUUGGAGAUUUCCAUGCCGCCUCAAUUGGAUGGCGAUAGACAAGCAAACAUGACUCAUGAAAAUGUUGCCAACAAUGAUUUCAAAGAGAAGUCGGAAAGUUCUAAGAAGGAAUCUGGAAGCCAAGAAAAUGAUGUAAAUGAGAGGACGACUGGUGAGGACUCAGACGAGUCGCAGACUCAUCAAUAUGCGACACCACGAGAACUGGCUCUUCUAUCAACAGUUUUCACCAUUGCAACCUUCAUGAUAGCCAUAGAUGGCAGUAUCCUUGCGACGGCAAUCCCUAGGAUAACUAGCGAUUUCCAUCGACUCAAUGACGUGCCAUGGUACGGAAGCGCAUAUCUCUUCACAGAAAUGGCAUUUCAGCCUACAUUUGGUCGCUUGUACACUCUAUUUAGCGCCAGGAUUCUUUAUCUGACUUCCGUCAUCAUUUUCGAGGCAGGCUCGAUCCUUUGCGCCGCCUCGCCAAAUUCUGCAGCAUUAAUCACGGGGAGAGUUAUAUCUGGCAUAGGAGCCGCUGGCCUACUCUGUGGAAGUCUGUCGGUCUACGGAAGGUCGGUUCCUCUGCGAGCUAGACCGUUCGGAAUGGCCCUAGUCACAAGUAUGUACGGCGUCGCAGGAGUUCUGGGACCGACUCUCGGAGGACUCAUCACCGAUACGCCUCGCCUCACCUGGAGAUUCUGUUUCUGGAUCAAUCUACCAUUUGGUGCUGUGACAUUUGGAAUCGCGUACAAAAUUUUGAGAGCGAGAACACCAAUACACGGGCGGCUCUCGUUGCGCCAGAAGCUGAAAAAACUCGAUCUACUUGGCGGAUUUCUUCUCAUCGCUGGCUUGAUCACUCUGUUCUUUGCUCUCCAGUGGGGCGGGACCAAAUAUCAAUGGUCCGAUCCUAGGGUGUAUGCAUGCCUCGCGGUGUUUGGGGUCCUGAUCACAUCUUUCGGGGUAUUGCAGGCAAGAAAGAAAGAAGAAGCUACUAUCCCCAUGCGGAUCCUCUCGCAGCGAACGGUGGCCAUCAGCUGCACCUUCAACAUGCUAAUGUCAAUGGCACACAACACGCACAUGUACUAUCUAGCCUUCUACUUCCAAGCAGUCCUAGGAACCAACGCGGUGACGUCGGGCGUCCGCUGCCUCGCGUACGGAAUACCAUGCAGCAUCGCCAUCAUCGUCACUGGCGCGUGCGUCAGCUCAAAAGGCUACUACGUCCCGUUCAUGUGGCUUGGGUCUAGUGUCUUCAUCGCCGGCUGCGUGCUCCUCCAGAGACUGGAUAGAGAGUCGUCGAUUGGGCAGUGGAUCGGCUUCCAGAUCCUCAGCGGGGCGGGCAUUGGGCUUGCGGAACAGGUCCCCUUCAUCGCGGUGCAGGUUGUCCUUCCUGACAGCGACAUGCCGACGGCGUGUGCCAUGGUCGUAUUCCACCGCUUGCUAGGUGGUGCUGUGGGACUCAGCAUUGCUUCUAACCUCUUCUCUCAGGAGCUCUACCGCCGGCUUGCGGGAGCGCCGGGAGGUGUCAACGUCAAAGCAAUACAAGAUGCUGGUGCAUCUGACCUAGCGAAGGCGGUCCCCGCGGCUAUUUUGCCGCUCGUGCAGAAGGCGUUCAGCUUUGCAAUCUCCAGGGCCUUCAUCUUACCCAUUGUCGUCGCGGGCGCUUCCUUGAUACUCAGCUUUGGCAUGCAGAGACGAUGGAUACCAGAUGAUCGGGCGCAGCCAGGUCAGGAGGCCAGCGCCGGCGACGCGGUUGCACCUGCAUCAGAUCAGGGAGGGAAUGAGAGGACUGUAUAGUGAUAGAAAAGCAUUUGGGAGUAUGCAGAAGUAACGCUGGACUACAGGUAUUUGAAGGCUGUACAUGUAGUUGUCGUUGCAAAGAUGCCAUCGUUCUGCUGAAACUAGUGACUGAUUUUGGAGACAUCAUGUCAAAGUUGAAAUUGCUCCGUGCUGACAAUCGUAAUGCAAGAGGUCUUUAGCGGGGUAGGCUUCAGCGGCUACAGGGGCUGCGCUGGAUGCAGUUAUUCUUUGUAUUUACCUCGGUAGAAGCGUAUCCGUAAACUUAUAGAAUAGAGCAACUACAAAGUUGCUAGCGGGA